ACGUGGCUCCGGCUGACGUGGUUGCGUAAUGAACCGCUACCUUUGCCUCCACCACUGCUACUGCCGCUUGUAGCAUCAACACUUUGGCUACGCUGCUUUCGUAAAGCUGCCAGUUUGAGUCGUUGCAACCUCUGAGUGAUUGGACAGAGUCUUCAGCGGAUACCAAAAUGAUUUCGCUCACGGAUUCACAAAAGAUUGGGAUGGGACUGACGGGGUUUGGUGUGUUUUUCCUCUUCUUUGGGAUGAUGCUGUUUUUUGAUAAAGCUCUCCUUGCCAUUGGAAAUAUUCUGUUUGUCUCCGGACUGUCGUUCGUCAUCGGCCUCGAGCGUACCUUCAGGUUUUUCUUCCAGAGGCACAAACUAAAAGCCACCAGCUUCUUCUUGGGAGGAGUGCUGGUGGUUCUGCUUGGCUGGCCGAUUGUUGGGGUCGUUCUGGAGAUCUACGGUUUCUUCCUCUUAUUCAGGGGAUUCUUCCCAGUGGCAGUCGGAUUCAUCAGACGAGUGCCCGUGCUCGGGUCUUUGCUCAGCUUACCGGGGAUCAGUUCGCUGGUGGACAAAAUUGGUGAGAGCAACACGAUGGUAUAACGAAGAGGACAGUUUCAGCGUUUCUUACCGUCUCAUGGUGACUGUAUAUUUUGACCAUUGCCAUUCCAGAGCUGUGAAUCCAAACAUUACUCUGCACAAAAGACCCACGCAUCUGUGGAUGUCUGACUGACUGUACAUUUAAUUCUAUUAGAGGGAAACUGUUUCUAUCUGACUGCUACUGGAUAACAUUACCAAGAGAUCCUUUUUUUUUUUUUUUUUUUUUAAGGCUGAAAGCAGUUUCUCUUUUAUGUCAUUCCACUCUGAUAUUUAUGGACUGAUAAUCUGGGACCACUGGAUUAAUUUGGAGGACAGUGACAGCAUCUGUGUGCCUGAACAGACACUGAGGGCCUUUUUUUUUUUUUUUUUUUCCUCCAUGAAGAGUUAGUGGAAUUUUAUACUUAAAAUGUGCGGUUGAGCUAAAUGUGGCAGAAAUGUAAAAACAGUUUAUAUUGUCCUGGAUGGAAAUGUUUAACUGUAACUUUUCUAAGCGCUUGAAAUAAAGUGUGCGUUUUAUAAA